CACGGCCAUCUUGGUGAGUUCUUUCAAUAAUAGUAGAUAGCAAACUGUAGUGGUGGGCUGUGGAUUUAAUUCAGUUUGCGAAUACAGGUUGGUUGUGAGCAGCUAAACCGGUUUUCAGACAACUGCGAGAGCUUUCCGUUCGCAGGGGAAAAAAGUUUGGAAGCAGUUCAGAGUGGAGUUAAAGUUUAAACUUUGCCAUGGCGACCGCAACCCCUAGCCGCGCUGCAGCUCAAGCCGCCGCGACCCCGCUCUCCCCAACCAGGAUCUCACGCCUGCAGGAGAAACAGGAUCUGCAGCACCUGAACGAUAGGCUUGCCGUCUACAUCGACCGAGUUCGUUCUUUGGAGCUUGAGAAUGACCGACUCAUGGUUAAAGUCUCGGAGAAGGAGGAAGUCACCACACGCGAGGUGACAGGGAUUAAGUCCCUGUAUGAGGCGGAGCUGGCGGACGCCAGGCGUGUUCUGGAUGAGACAGCGCGGGAGAGAGCGAGGCUGCAGAUCGACUUGGGAAAGGCAAACUCGGAGCUGGAGGAGCUCUCCAGGAACUCGAAGAAGAAGGAUGGUGACCUGGCUGUGGCUCUGGGCCGGGCCAAGGACCUGGAGGCCCAACUCAACCAGAGCGAAGCCGCCCUCAACACCGCCCUCAGCCAGAACCAUGCCAUGGCUGCAGAACUCAGCGACCUCAAGGCCGAACUCGCCAAGGCUGAGGAGAGCCACUCGGUGGGGAAGAAGCAGCUGGAAGCGGAGACCCUGAUGAGGGUGGACCUGGAGAACCGCUGCCAGAGUCUGACGGAGGACCUGCAGUUCAGGAAGAGCAUGUUCGAGGAGGAGGUGCGUGAGACCCGCCGGCGUCACGAGAAGAGGACGGUGGCUGUGGACAGCGGCGGGCAGCACGACUACGAGUUCAAGCUGGCCCAGGCCCUGCAGGACCUGCGCAGGCAGCACGAGGAACAAGUCAGCAUCUACAAGGAGGAGCUGGAGUACACCUUCAAGGCCAAGCUGGACAACGCCAAGGUGUCCUCGGACCUGAACGACAAGGCUGUGGGCACGGCCCGCGAGGAGCUGCAGGAGGCUCACAUGAGGAUCGAGAGCUUGGCCUACCAGCUCUCAGCCCUGCAGAAGCAGGCGUCUGCGUCCGAGGAGCGCGUGCGCGAGCUGGAGGACAUGCUGGCGGCCGACCGGGAGAAGCACCGCCGGCAGAUGGAUGGCAAGGAGCGGGAGAUGGCGGAGAUGAGGGACCGCAUGCAGCAGCAGCUCAACGAGUACCAGGAGCUGCUGGACGUCAAGCUGGCCCUGGACAUGGAGAUCAACGCCUACAGGAAGCUGCUGGAGGGGGAGGAGGACAGACUGAAGCUGUCCCCCAGCCCCUCUGGCAGGGUGACCGUCUCCAGGGCGACGGGCAGCAGCUCCUCGCGUAGCAAGAGGAAGCGGGUGGAGCUGGAGGUGGAGCUGCCCCAGCUCAGCGUGAGCCAGGAGGCCGAGGCCAGCGGCGGGGUCACCAUCGAGGAGAUGGACCUGGAGGGCAAGGCCGUCACCCUCCGCAACAACGGAGACACGGACCAGUCUCUGGGCAGCUGGAGGUUGAGGAGGCAGGUAGAUGCUGAAGAGGAGAUUGUCUACAAGUUCUCCCCUAAGUUCGUCCUCAAGGCUGGGCAGACGGUCACGGUGUGGGGUGCGGAGGCGGGCGUGGCCCAUGGCCCCCCCUCCGACCUGCUGUGGAAGAGCCAGGGCUCCUGGGGUACAGGAGAUGACAUCAUCACCAUCCUGGUGAACUCUGAUGGCGAGGAGGUGGCCAAGAGGACCGUCACCAAGACGAUGAUGGAGAUGGAGAAUGGAGACGAUGAAGAGGAGGAAGAGGAGGAAGGCCAGGUCUCUAAAACCUCAUCCAGAGAGUGCUCCAUCAUGUGAAGGAGGACAACUCCAGAUGUCUUUCCUACAAAUCCCGUUUUUGUUUUUUCUAGAGCCACUCAGAUAUUUUUGUAUACUUCCGUCUUGUGUUCUUAAUAUUUUUUUAACUGACAAAACGAGAGCCUGCCCAUAUUUUUAACAGACUCCAUUUUUAAUCCUGGUAAAUGCGGACCUGAUUUUCUCCCUGCGAGUUCAGACUGACCCCAUGAGCUUCCUCGCUGGACCCCUUUAGUACCACGUAGAGCACAACCAGUCUGGAUGCCUCGUCGAUAAGUAGAGUCAUGAUGCCUUCGGUUCAGGAACAGUUCAUCCCUACUCCAUCCUCUUCAGUGUCUCUGGGACCUACUGCUUCCUGGAUCAGGAAGGGCUGAGUGCCCCCUUCUGGUCUGGAGGCCCACAGCCCCACGAUCAUAGGAUGUGUCUUCUGGCUCAUCAGAGUCGUUGUCUGUCGCACAUUGUCAUGUCACAUAUUGGAGAGAAACAUUGGACCUAAUAUUCUAAUCACGCAUCUGUAUUUUCUUGAAGAUUCUUAAAGGAGGAAAAAAAAAAUUGUGAUCGAGAUGACGUCUUUGUCGCCACCAGGCAGGGGAGA